AUGGGGAUCAGUAAUCCUGACAAAUAUCAGUCGUCUUAUCGAUCCAUGCAUGGAUCAGUCAUCAACUAUGCCUGUGACAGGAGCCUCGUGGGGAACAUUUUGCUGAACGGAAAUGCAGCCCGGGUCAUUGAGCGGUACUUGAUGUUCACUGAUGGCAUGGCCUACGGUAUCGACCAGAUCCUGGAACCUCCAGGCCUGGGCGCUCACUGUGAUGACAUUACCAACAAGACCACAUAUGGCCAGUGUGGACGCUGCCUGAAUCCUCCUUCCUGCCGUCGCCUGAGACACACAGACACGGUCAGAGAUCCUUAA